CAACGAUGUUGGAUAUUGGAUUUUAUCUCCUGUUGCUCUAACAACGACGCUGGCGGAAAUUUAACGUGUUGACCACCGAAUGGAGACUUUUGUAGUUAACUUUUUUUAACUCGUUAGAUCUUAUGGAAUAUCCGUUCAAAUGCCAAAUUGGUAAAUAGUCUAUUCAUUUUUUAAGUCCAUUCAGCUCACCCAAUAUGCCACCAAAAAAGAGUGCACAAGUGAGAUUUUAUUUCCAUUUUUCUUCAAGUAAACGUUUAAUAGAAUGAAACAGCAUUGGCGAGGUUAGUGAAAGAGUUACUCAACGAUUACGAACAAAGAGCUAAUUAUUAUAAAACGACAGUUUGUAACUCAGUCAAAUUAUGUUUUAGAAAAGCUGUAGAAGAAGAUCAUCCUGUAACAAGAGUAAGUUAAUUAAAAUAUCAGUUGUUGUACAAAGCUUCUAGUUGAUCCACAAGAUCGUAAAACAGUUGAGUAUUGGAUUGACGACAAACUAUGUGAUGUUUUUAGCAAUGCUGGUGGUGAUGAUAAAAGUAGAAACACACAACAAAAGAACAUUAACAAAAAACAGUUGAAAGAAGAUAAACCACUGGUAAAACUUUUACCAUUGAUUGAAACGAUACGAGCAAAAAGGUAUACAACGAUACAAGAAAUACUAAUAUGGGAUUGUUAUAUUGAAAAUGAUGAUAUGGUUGCAUUAACUGGUUUGUUCAAUAAAGAAUGUUAUCUUAUUACACGUAUUGAAUUAAUCGACUGUUUUCUUGACACGGAAUGCAUUCGAUUGUUAGUGGCUAAUAUUGCUAUCUCUAAAAUACUACGUGAAUUAUCCUUGGAUUUUAAUGAAAUUGGUGAACAAGGUUGUUGUAUAUUAUGUGAUGGUUUAGUUAGAAAUCAAUAUCUUACUUAUUUAAGCCUAAGAUUUUGUGGUCUGACUAAACAAUGUGGUUUGUGGCUUGGAAAUGUAAUUGCAGAAACAGCUAUAAGAGAGCUUAUUCUUGACGGGAAUUCUUUAGAAGCUGAAGGAACUAUAGCUUUAAUUAGUCGAAUUUCUGAUGCUGCAGAGAAAGAAGGAUUUGAACGUACUGAAGAGAUAAGAAGAAAAAAAUUAGUUGCAGAGGAAUCUAAAAGUCGAGGUCGAGCGAAAGUGAAGGACUUAAAUGUUCUAGAAGCAGCUCAUGAUGAUAUUAUUGAUCUAGCAACCUCUAUAUCAAGUAAGAAAACCUCUGCAAAAUGUGAUAAGAAUAAAUCAUCUAAAAGGCGAAAACGUGGUAGAAAGAAUAAAAGCAAACCAUUAUCUCCUCCUUCUGGUCCACAAAUAGCGGUUUUGAAAUUAGCCGAUAAUGAAAUUAGUCAUCAUGGUCAAGAAGAAAAUUUUAAUACAGUGAGAUGUAUGCAAUUAUUAAAAAGUAUAAUUUCACAUAGUAAGGAUUUGCAAGAAGUUGAUUUGUUUGCUAAUGAUAUUGGUGAUCUUGCUGCCAGACAAAUUUUAGAAGGGAUACUGUGUCGUAAAGAUGCUAAAUUACCACAAAUCGGUGUACGUUUAGGUCACCGUAUUAAUCAAGACACAUUUGAUAUGGUACGUAAAUUAGCAUCCGGUCCAAAGAAGAAAAAGGUUAGAGGAAAGAAAAGAAAGUAGAAUUCGGUUUAGAGUGGAUUGUAAAACGCUAUAUUAAAUACAUAAAUGAAGAUUGUACGCAAAGAGAUUUUCCAAUAAAACUACUUUUGCAUUUAAACUGCCCACAGUUACUGUUAUCGGUAUUAUCACUAUUAAUCUAUGAGGAGAUGACGAUUAUCUUUAUUUAUGUACAUAAUUUGGAAAGCUAAUUUUAAGUGAAUAAAUCAGAUUUAUACCUCUUUUUAAAGAUUCCCAUUAUUCUCUUCUAGACUUCGAUGUCAAUCUGUAAAAUUUUAGAAUCAAAACAUUUUACAAGUAAUGUAACGAAUUGCUUAUAAAUAUAUAAGACAAUGUUG